UCUAUAAACCCGUCACAAAAACUGAAUCAAAAUGGCUUCCAAUCGAUUAUUUCGAAGCUGCUUUCGGAUUUGUUCCUCUAUAUCUGGAGCUAUGAAAGGAAGAGAACCUUUAAAUGGCCAUUGCAGAAUAAUAGCAGCUCUUUCUUCAAAGAGGCACUGUAGUACAAGCCAUGGGUUUCCAUCUGUUGUUGGGAGGAAUCUUCUUACUCUGAGAGACUUUACUAGUGAUGAGAUUGGAUAUCUUCUGUGGACUGCAGCUGAUCUAAAGCAAAGAAUUAAAAAAGGGAAUGAGACUGUGCGGCUGUUGGAAGGCAAAUCAGCUGCUCUUAUUUUCCAGAAACGUAGCACACGAACAAGAGUUUCAACAGAAACUGGUCUUGCCCUUCUUGGAGGACAUUCUGUAUUUCUCACAGACAGUGAUAUUCAUCUUGGAGUCAAUGAAUCAGCUAUAGACACAGCCAAGGUUCUUUCAGGAUUCUGUGAUUUUAUCUUGGCAAGGGUAUAUGAACAGAAGGAUCUUGAAGUAAUGGCAGAACAUGCCACUAUUCCAGUUAUCAGUGGUUUAUCAGACAUGUACCACCCCAUUCAGAUACUUGCAGACCUUUUAACACUACAGGAACAUUUUGACAGCUUACAUGGCCGCACCAUUGCCUGGGUUGGAGAUGGGAACAACAUCAUUCAUUCAUUUAUGAUGGCAGCUCCAAAAUUUGGAAUGCACCUGAAUAUUGCAACUCCAAAGGGCUAUGAGCCAGACAAUGAAAUCACAAAAGUUUCUCAAAGCUUUGCCCAAGAGCAAAACACAUCCGUGAACUUCACAACAGAUCCCAGAGAGGCAUGUUCCAAUGCAGAUGUGAUUGUCACUGACACAUGGGUCAGUAUGGGCCAGGAAGAAGAAAAAGCAGCAAGACUCAAAUCUUUUUCAGGCUUCCAAGUUGACACUAAGUUGAUGUCUCUUGCCAAGGAAGAGGCUGUUUUCCUCCACUGCCUGCCACGGAAACCUUACGAGGUGAGCGAUGAAGUGUUUCUUUCUGACAAGUCAUUGGUUUGGCAGGAGGCAGAAAACAGGAAGUGGACUAUAAUGGCUGUGAUGGCAUGUCUGAUGAAUGAGUAUACCCCUAUUUCUCCUAUGCCAACUUUUGGAGGCAGUGAUGAUGGAGUCUAGGGGAUUUUAAUCUGUAGCAAUGAUAAUUACCUCUGUCAGAGAUAAUGAAAGUAUAUUAUUAUUAUUAUUAUUAUUAUUAGUUUUUGGUUUGCCUGUUGGUGUAUUUUCAACAUUUGCCUUCAGUCUUCCUAACCUCCAACAACUAUUGGUAAAACAAAUUCAUAAAGUAAGUUCAAGUGCUUUUUAAACAUAUGAAAAAAUAUGUGCUCUAUAGUUCACAGUACUUCUUCAACCUGGAUAUCUGGUCCAUAAAAAAAGGAUGUUUCAGUUAGUGAUGCUGGUAGGCAUUUCCAUUUGUGACAAAGGAAUAUUAGUAUAUUGGAUGUACUCCAAUCAGGUGAAUGGAAGUACAAUGGAAGUACAAUUCAAUUAAAAGUAACAACAUGCAUUUUGAUUAUAACUUACAUCUCGAGUAAUCAGCUUAUGUGGUAGUUACAUUUAAUUUGGUGUGUUAGAUGAUACUAAAAGUUUGUUUGUGAUUAAGUCACUUUAAUGUGUUGUUAGAAACUGCAUUAUUUUGGAUAUGAAAUCAAAUGAAUAUACUUGUAAUGAGAAUGUGCCCCUCCAAAAAAGUGUUACCAUGACAAUUCUUUUUUAGUGCAGUGACAUGUUAGGUUGGCAAUGCACCUCAACUGAUUUUCCAGGAAAGAAGAACCACUUCUCUUCAUUUCCUCUUAGCAUGAAUGGGAAGUGUGAAUAUACAGACUAAAACAGGGGUUGUGAGAUAGACAUACAACCAUGCAGCAUCUGUAGUUAAGAUAAAUUUUAAGACCAAUACCAGUUAAUAAAAGUGUGAAAAUAAAAAGCAAGACAUUGGUUGUG